AAAAUGGCCGACCAUUCUAUAUUUGUGGAAUUUGUCUGCUUGGCGUUGUUUCUGUGAGAGAACUGAGAUUUUUCGCGAAAAAUCAAGAAAAAUUUGUUUGUAAAUUGUUCAAAAAGUGCAUCAAAGCCUUCAGUGGUAGAAUAACUGUACCGUAGAAGUGGAAAAUUUAACACAGCACAGCUAAUAGUGCGUGUAAAUUGUACAACAAAGCGGAGUCUGACGCCGGAAUUGGCGGGUGAAGAAAACUUGGUAAUCCGGCUGUCGCAGCAUUAGCAAAAAUGGGUGAUCGUGGGGAUGGAGCUGAGUCGUUUGAUGACGGCGUCGAAGAGCGGGUCAUCAAUGAGGAAUACAAGAUUUGGAAGAAGAAUACACCCUUCCUCUAUGAUUUGGUGAUGACCCAUGCCCUCGAGUGGCCUUCAUUGACCGCUCAGUGGCUUCCGGACGUGACAAAACCCGAGGGAAAGGAUUAUUCAGUUCAUCGGCUAAUUUUGGGCACGCAUACGUCUGACGAGCAGAAUCAUCUCUUGAUUGCAAGUGUUCAGCUACCAAAUGAAGAUGCUCAAUUCGAUGCCAGCCACUAUGACAACGAAAAGGGUGAAUUUGGAGGCUUUGGCUCUGUUUCCGGAAAGAUUGAAAUUGAAAUCAAGAUCAAUCACGAAGGUGAGGUCAAUAGAGCACGAUACAUGCCGCAAAAUCCCUGUGUCAUCGCCACAAAGACUCCCUCGAGCGAUGUUCUCGUCUUCGAUUACACCAAACAUCCCAGCAAGCCUGAGCCAAGUGGUGAAUGUCAUCCGGAUUUGAGACUCCGUGGACACCAGAAGGAGGGUUAUGGCUUGUCGUGGAAUCCCAAUCUCAAUGGCUACCUCCUGUCGGCAAGCGAUGACCAUACCAUCUGUCUCUGGGAUAUCAAUGCUACGCCCAAGGAACAUCGGAUUAUCGAUGCGAAGAACAUCUUCACUGGUCAUACUGCCGUAGUAGAGGAUGUAGCAUGGCAUCUCUUGCACGAGUCACUCUUCGGAUCCGUUGCUGACGACCAGAAGCUCAUGAUUUGGGACACCAGAUGCAACAACACGUCCAAACCAUCGCACACUGUGGAUGCUCAUACAGCUGAAGUGAACUGUCUGAGCUUCAAUCCUUAUUCCGAAUUCAUUCUGGCCACUGGAUCUGCAGACAAGACUGUGGCUUUAUGGGAUUUGAGGAAUCUCAAACUGAAGCUACAUUCUUUCGAGUCGCACAAGGAUGAAAUCUUUCAAGUUCAGUGGUCACCUCAUAAUGAAACUAUUCUUGCAUCUAGUGGAACUGACCGAAGGCUUCAUGUUUGGGAUUUAUCGAAGAUUGGUGAGGAACAGAGCAGUGAAGAUGCUGAAGAUGGUCCACCAGAAUUACUGUUCAUUCAUGGUGGCCAUACAGCCAAGAUUUCGGACUUUUCGUGGAAUCCCAAUGAACCGUGGGUGAUUUGUUCAGUGUCUGAGGAUAACAUUAUGCAGGUGUGGCAGAUGGCUGAGAAUAUCUACAAUGAUGAGGAACCAGAAGUUCCAACUGGGGAUCUUGAGACACCAACAGCAUAAAAAAAAAUCCAUUUUCAUCCACGUUGUAUUUCAUUUUCUCAGCAUCUCUUCAAUUUAAUUAGUUUAUAUUACUAUGUUUUAUAAUUAUUACAUUUCAUCAGAGGGAUAAACGUGAGAAUGUCAAUCGAUGUAAUAUUUCUCCUGUUUAGUUUUUACUUGAUCAACUUUUUCGCAAAUAAAUAUUGACAAGAUUUUCAAUGGAGACGAAAUGUC